AAGUGUAUCGUAGCAAACUUGAUACAAUUAGGUCUACCAUUUCAAGAAGAUUUGGUUAUUGAGACGAAGGAAGUGCGGACUUAUUUGAUUAUGAGUUCUCUUAGUAAGCUUUCUUUGGGAAGUACUUGUUG